CUUGUCUUUUGCAGCGAGGGGAAGGAGGGAGGAUCCGGGAGUUCUGCCAGCUGCUGACAACAACGCAGAUCCACGCACACGCACAGCGAGAGGAGCGGAUAGACACGCAGGACCAGGAAAAAAAAAAAAAAAAAAAGAAAAGUUGCCACAUUCGAACCCGACCGUCGACAUGCCGCAGUACUCGGACUUGGAGGGCGCCAUCAACACACUGGUCACCCAGUUCCACUCGGCGUCGGCCGACAACGCCCCCACGCUAAAGAUGGACGAGUUCAAAGGGCUCCUGUCCUCGCAGCUGCCCAACCUGGCCAAGGGCUUCAUGACAGAACAGGGCCUGAGCGAGAUUCUGCGGAAGAUGGGCGUGGGCGACGGCGAGGGCAUCUCCUUCUCCCACUUCUGGAACCUGAUCCAGAACUUGGCCACCUCGCAGCACGGCAUCCUCGGCGGCAACAAGGGCACCUCGUGCAGCUGCGCCCUCCUGUGAAGACCCUCCAAAAAAAAAAAAAAAACCCGCCCCCUCCCACGGAAAUGUAGAAACCCAUCAUCACCGGUUGUUGGGCAGAAUACCAAAAAAAAAAAUACGACCCAAGUGCAAGGCAUUCCAUUUUUUUUUUAUACGCAAAUCAUCUCUAUACGACAGGUUUUAACAUUUCCAUCAUACUUGUGUAAUAAAAAUAAACCAUCCAAAGCAGGCGAGUUUUCUUUCUGACCGCAAGAAAAGUUUUUUCAUCUUCCUGUUUUUUUUUUUUUUUUUUCAUUCAUGAAAUAUGAACUCACCUUCUUUCGUCGGCAAGGUGGGAUUGCCGACGAAAGUAACCAAAGUAUAAUAAAAAAAAAUAGAUAUAUUAAAUUGAAUGGGUACAAAAGGCCAAACCCGCGCUAAUCAUUAACUCGCAUCCUUUGUAUUUUCCUUUUCAUGUAUAGUAAAUAUGUUUACUUAUGAAAUGUAUUUUUUACGGGCGGUCGGAUGAGAUCGGCGUCGACGAGAACCAGUCUGUGAAAUAUUGUUUGAAUAAAUUCACUCCCUGUGCACAACC